AUGUCGAAUACAUCUGAUCAUCGCACUUUUAUUAAACAGACUGCUUCAACAGCACAUGAACAGCAAGCUGCAAAACUGGAGAAAUUAUUAGCCAAUCCGGAUAAACCAAUUGCCCUACCACCACUACAACAUGAAAAAACACUUCGACCGCCAAGAGAGAUUAUGAAAAAUGUGAGCGGAAGUAGUGCUGGUGCUGGAAGUGGAGAAUUUCACGUUUAUAAGCAUAGUAGAAGGAGGGAAUACGAAAGGAUAAAGUUGAUGGAAGAAGCUGCCGAGAAGGAGAAAGAAGAAAAAGAAUAUCAAAAUCGUCAAAAAGAAGUACAACUUGCUAUCGAAAGAAAGACGAACAAAAAUAGGGCAAAACGCGAUAAAAGGAAAGCAGCAAGAGGAGCAGCGAAAUCAGCAAAUCAAACAGAUAUCAACAAGCACAUAGACGAAGAAAUUUUGGAAUCUACGAAUGAGAAAAGACGGAGGUUACAUGCAGAAGGCGCGUCCGAGGUGAUCUUCCAACAGCCCGAAUCUGAUUCAAAAGGGUGA